AUUUUCUAAAUCAAUGGAUAUUUAUGAGCUUUAAAAUGUCACUGCCGCGUAUAACAGACUUUGAUAUACUCGAAAAACUCGGCGUCGGCAGCUAUGCAACUGUAUACAAGGCAAGACACAAAAAGCAACGCAGCUAUCACGCUAUCAAAUACGUAGAAAUGUCCACGUUGUCGCAAAGCUCUCGAGAAAAUCUGAUAACGGAAAUUCGACUACUGCGGGAUCUUAAACAUAAAUACAUUGUGACGCUGCAAGACUUCUUCUGGGACGAUAAAAACAUCUACAUAGUGCUGGAGUACUGCAAUGCCGGCAGUCUGUCUGCCUUCAUACGCACCAAGAAAGCACUGCCGGAACCGACGGUUCGUUACUUCCUUCGCCAGCUGGCUGCAGCUGUUCAAUAUAUGCGAGCCAACGAUGUGUGCCACUUCGAUCUAAAACCGCAGAACUUGCUUCUGACUCGGAGUUCACACAAUGUUUCCCUUAAGGUCGCUGAUUUCGGCUUUGCGCAGCACUUGAAACUGGGCGAAAUAAACCAGCAGCUGAAGGGCUCACCGCUCUACAUGGCGCCUGAAAUCGUGCGCAAGCAUCAGUACGACGCAAGAGCGGAUCUCUGGAGCAUAGGCGUCAUACUCUAUGAAUGUUUGUUUGGAAAGGCGCCAUAUAGCUCUAAGACAAUCGAGGAACUUCUACUGCGCAUACGUAGUGCGGAACCCAUCAAAUUGCCGCCAAACGCGAGCAUUAGCAACGAGUGCCACGACCUGCUUCGUCGCCUCCUUGCACACGAGCCGGCUGAGCGCAUAUCGUUUGCAGACUUCUUUGCGCAUCCAUUUCUAGAUCUCAAAACAUUCCCUACCGAACAGACGCUGAAAAAAGCCAUUGAUUUGGUUACCCAGGCCGUGGGCUAUGAUGAGCAGCAUAACUACAAGGAGGCCUAUUACUUAUAUUGUAGUGCCCUGCAGUAUUUUGUACCGCUUAUUACGGAGGAAAAUGAUGCUAGCAAGCGGCAGGCCUUGCGUAAUCGCGCCUUGACCUAUAUGAAGCGUGCAGAGGAGAUAAAGAAUGUAAUCAUUGAGGAUGAAUACAAGCGGCUGGGCCAGCAGCAGCACCACAAGAACCAUCCCCAACAGACGGGCAAACCAGUAGCAUCGCAGCCAGCAGAGGCCUCCCCGCAGCCAAGCACUUCACGGAUGGCUGAGAUGCUUGAACCUGAUGCCCGCUAUAAACAGCUAUUUGCCUUGUCACACUCUAGUCCGACGCUAAAAACAGGUCUCGAAAUUGGACGUCAAGGCGAGCUUUACUUGUACGAGCGAAAGCUAGAUGCUGCUCUGGACGCUUACACCUCGGCGCUUGGCAUGCUAGUGCCCUUUGUCAAUAAUGAACCAAAGGGCGAGCGCCGCAAUUUGCUGUUGCAACAGCUUGAAUUUUGGAUAAAGGAAGCGGAAAGCAUCAAGAGCAUUCUAAGCGCAAAGAAUUUGGACGAGGAGGAGCAGAAACUGUCCACGGUACGCAGCUGCAGCAUUCAGUAGAGAGUAGGAAGUAGACAGUACAGACAUUGUAACAUUUGGCGAUGGCGCCUGGCGCGUCCCAUAGAGCAUGUAUUUUGGUAGCAUUUAGACGUACAUAACAAAUUUACUAGUUUUUUAGAAUACCUACUCUGAACGGCAGAGGCUGCAGCAUAACUGUGCAUCUUUUUCCAGGUUUUUUUGAAAAAUUGCCACCUUAAAAAAGCCAACACGCUUCUACCGCUGAGUGUAAAUAACAAAUUGUCGAUCUCGGACAGAAAUAUGCGUAAAUUAUAUAUUCAAUAUUUCCGAAGUACCAUUCAACAUUCGGGUUUUUUUAAUAAUCCGAUUUAACCAAUAAUAUUCCAACAAUAUUCAGUUUAAAUGAAAUCAGUAUAUACAUAUGCAUACGCUUCAGAGCGGACAGUAUCGGACCUUUAUUUCAUAUUACAGUCAAAGGGAAAAGUUUUCUUGCCUUAAAAAUGUUGUUGCUAGAGCAACAAUGCGUAAAAACAUUAAAAGGUUUUAUAGCUUUUCUAAAG